CGCCUAACGCCUGCCCCGCGAUCCCUUCAUACUUCGGCCGCCGACCUGUCAACGUUGCUCAUCAGCUGCAUAACUUGUCCAUUACAUCAUCCCCAUUGACUCUUUGUCUUACAAAACUCCUACAACAUGGCUACUGCUACUGCCACUGCUACAACCUCGACGCAGCCCCUCGUCACCAAGUGGUCGUCUCGAUAUCGCGGGGCCACCGUCGAGGACCUAGACCCUCCCGCCGCCCUCUCCCUCAACCCUUCAGACGCCAUCUCGCUCGCCCUAGUCUCGGCCUUUGAGCGCGACUACACCCACCUAACCAUCGUCGACGCCGACACGCGCGCCCUCCUCGGCUACAUCUCCAUCCCCCACCUCCAGUCGCUUCUCGACUCGGGCAAGGUCCAGCCCAACGACCAGCUCUCGGCCGCCAUGACACGUUUCCAGCGUCGUGGCCGUACCUACCGCGUCAUCACCAUGGAGACAACCCUUGAAGAGCUCGAGGACUUUUUCCGCGCCGGCGUACCCGACGGACCUUGGAAGGAGGAGUUUGCUGUCAUUACCGAUGAGAAGAGGAGGUUUGUCCUGGGUGUUGCUACUGUACAGGAUCUGGAGGAGUUUGUCAAGAGGAGACCAGAGUAAGAGUCACUCUACGGCGAAAGGGAAAUGGGCAUACCAAAAGAAGCAACGUUUUUCGAAUCAAUUACACGACAAAGGCAGAAUUCUCUUUUUUUUUUCAAGCAUCAUGAUGGGCGUUUGGGGGUUUUUUAAUGAUCUAAACAUCAGGAGGAUUAUCGUAUUGAGGCUCAAGGUCGAGCCAGUUGGGAAAAAGGACCGCUUU